GAAAAAAAAAUGCAAUUUUCUCCAAAAAAAUAUACUUUACCUUCGAAUAAAAUGCCACCGAAAACGCGAAGUGAGAAAUAGUAUAUUACUAUAUAGGAGGCGAAAGUGAACGUUUUCUGUCGAGUGCGAAGGGUGGCGGAACGAGCCGAAGGCGAGUUCCGCCAUCGCACGAGACAGAAAUGUUCACACUCGCCUCCUACAUUGUAAGAUAUUUUUCUUGAUAUACGCUACGAAAGUAGAAUAUAAACGUUGAAAUUCAUAUUUUCAUAGAAAUCGAAUAAUAUUCUAAUAUGAAAGAUGACAAUAAUCCAAUAGGCUACACAUACUCAACAUUGAAAAUAGUAGAUGAUUCAUUAAUAUUUCAGAUAAAUGCAGCACUGGUUAUAACAAACAAAGAGACGAGGCACAUUUUCUCCAAUUUUUACCGGUUGUAGUGUUGAGUUUCAGAGUUUAGAGCUAUACAUCAGCAAAAUUUUGAAUGUUCAAUGUGUUCUUCUCGCUUCAUUCGUGCCUAAUUUGUGUUACGGUGUUAUUUUUUCAACAUUUAUUGUUCAUGUGUUAGAUAUAAUUAUUUAUUAUGAGUGAAGCAAAUACUUCGGCUGCCGACGACGAGGCGAUGGUGAUUUGUACACCACCAGACUUACGAGAUCGCGCUCAAAUUGUAAAAGACUCAUCUUUACCAAAAAAGUCAAAGAAACGAUAUGAACUAACGUAUAAUAUGUUUUUGAAGUGGCAAUCAGAACAUCAAGUUGAUGAAUCUUUAUGUAGUGAAGAUGUGCUCUUAGUUUACUUUGAAGAGCAAGCAAAGAUCAAAAGUCCGAAUACCUUAUGGAGUAUGUAUUCCAUGUUACACAAGAUGAUAUUUCUCAAGCAAAAAAAAGAUAUCUCCAAAUACGUUCAUCUUGAUGAUUUCUUAAAAAGUAACUCGAAAGGUUAUAAACCCAAAAAAGCGAAAAUAUUCAGAGAUGAGGAAAUCAGUAAAUUCAUUGAAACUGCACCUGAUGAAUGUUAUUUAGCUGUGAAAGUUAUCUUGAUAUUUGGUAUUCUUGGCGCAUGCAGAUCAGAUGAGAUGGUUAAUAUGACUACUGAAAACAUCGUUCGAUUCGAGUCACCUCAGAAAAUGUAUUUGGUUUCAAUUCCGGAAGAAAAUAAAACAAAUAUAUCACGAUCAUUUACAAUAACUGAUUCGAAGUAUUUCGAUAUCGUUGAACGAUAUUUAAACUUGAGACCGAAGGACUUGCCAUCUGGCCGCUUAUUUGUAACGUAUCAAGGAGGCAGAUGCAUAAGACAAUUCAUUGGAAAAACCAAGAUAAGCGCAGCUGCGAAAGAAAUCGCUUCUUUUUUAGAAUUAGAGCCAGCUUUGUAUACAGGGCAUAGUUUUAGAAGGUCGUCGGCAACGUUAUUAGCUGAUUCUGGCGCUGAUAUGUUGGCUAUACAGCGGUUAGGUGGCUGGAAGUCGAUGACAGUUGCCAGUGGAUAUGCUGAUAAUAGUAUGCAUCAGAAGAAACGAAUAGAAGCGUUAAUUGAGUCGCGAAUUACACCAACUACGAAGAAAUUUACUUACAAAAAACCCAGUCAUCCAUCCGUUCUAUCUCAGCCAUCACCCACACCUAGCACCAGUCAUGAAUUAGAAGAUACUCGUAUUCAGCAGCCAGAUAAAUCUCAAUACAUCAUAGAAGAUAUUCAAGGCGAUGUUUUUAAUAUCGAAAAUGUCCAAGUGCUUUCACAAAUCGUUCAAAAUGAAAGUACAUUACCGAUCUCUACGGAUUCAGGUGCAUUACCUAAUAUUGCAAAUUCUAAUACGAGUAUGCUGCCGAUAGCUGAGAAUUCCAGCACACCUUUUAUUUUCCAAAAUUGUUCUAUUACGAUUAAUAUGAAAUAACUUAUUAAUUUCUGAUAUCGAAGAUGUAAUUUAUUGUCCGGUUUUAUUUUUUUUUGAUUUAAUUUAGAAAUAACUUAUUAAUUUCUGAUAACGAAGAUGUAAU